AUGGUGCCGAUCCUGGAGCUUGCCGAGGCUAAAGUGUGCUCGUGUUCAGUGAACGACCGUGUCGGUGUGUUCGACGCAUCUAUCUCGUCAGCGCUGGACAGCAAAGCCGUGGACGUCGCAGCAGCAGCCCCUCGUCUCGCCUCUCUCAUCUUCCAGACCCUCCCCGUCUACUCCGACCGUCGCUCCCAAGCCUCUGUUGAGCGAGCUCUAACCAAAGCUCUCAAGCGCGAAACUGCCUUUGUCAAGGCAUUCGCCGGAGCUCUCGUCCAAGCCUGCGCCAAGCCAGGCUCCGUGUCAGCCUCGGUGGCCGGCUUGGUUCGGUACAAGCUGCUUAAGUGGUCGUGUCUGCUGCUGCGGGAGAGGGGGGAUGCGAUCGUGGGGGUGCGGGCGGCGUUUUCUCGUCUGGUAGUGGCGCAAGGGACGCUGCUGACAGUGGCGCUGGGAGAUGAGCCGAGGCUGAAGCGAGCUUCAUUGCAUGCUGUCAACGAGAUGCUUGGCGCGGUGCCGUCCCUUGCAGCAGCAUACCUGGCAGAGAUAAAAUCCACGCCUGUCACCCUCACCACAGUCGGCAUCGCCCAUCCCCUUCUCACCUACUACCUCGAGACCAAGGCCCGCAAAGCAGGAGGUACUGCAGCAGCAGAUGGCGUAGCGAACGGGACUGCAGAAGCAGCAUCAGCGCCUGGUUCCGCAGCAGAGGCCAAGGCGUUCUUCGUGGAGACCUAUUCCAAGCUCGUACUGAGCAGCAGGGAGCGCCCUCCUCACGUGGCUUCAGAGGCGUUUGCCCCUCUUCUGCACUCACUGGAGCACUCGGAGUUCAAAGGGACGCUCUUCCCCACUGCUGCUAAGAUGCUCAAACGCAACCCCGAGCUCAUCAUGGAUGCUGUUGGCUACCUGCUGUCGACUGUGCGUCUCGAUCUGAGUGCCUAUGCACCAGAGCUGCUGCCCACCCUGGCCCUGCAGGCCCGCCAUCAGAAUGCAGCCACAAGGGAGGAAGCGAUUGGAGUGUUUGCAGUAGCAGCCAAGCAGUGCAGCGACUCCGACAGCAUCCGGACCAUGUUUGCGUACCUCAAGGGGGUGCUGGCAGGCAAGGAGGGCAAGCUGACGUCAGCCUAUCAGAAGGUGGGAGUGUACCAGACUCUUCGGGCCCUGUCCUCCUUCUCCCCGGCCGGCCCCAAUGCCAUGGCGCCAGCUGUCGCUGCUGACGUGGCAGAGUUCCUGAUGACGGCCUAUGCUGGCGACACCAAUGAGGAGGUGCUUGCAGCGGUCCUCUCAGCUCUGGGCGAGUGGCUUGCGCGGACAGCAAGGCAGGCGCCUGCUGCCACGUCAGCUUUCGUCACUGCCAGGCUGGCGAAGGAGAAGGAGACGCUCAGGCGGUGCACGCUAAGGUGUCUGCGUCUGGCCUUCCGCAACCCGCACGUGCGAGAAAAGCUUGUCCCAUGUGUGGAUGCGCUAGUGGCACUGGUGAAGAGCGGAGUGGCAAAGCCCACCAUGCGGCUGGACGGGGUGUAUGCGCUGCUGCUUGCUGCCUCCGUUGCUGCACUCGACCUGGGAUCAGAGGAGAAGCUAACCAAGGAGAAGGUGUGGCAGCUGGUGCUGCAGGGGGAACCACCCUUCCUCUCCACCUCCAUUGUGCCAAAGGUUACAGCGGAAGAGGACCUUCUGGCGUUGCUUGAACUGGUGGAGGUGGUGCUGCUUCACCACACGGCCAGUGUCAGCACAGGCCAUGCCGCUGCUGUCAGCACAAAUGAGCUAUGCAGGCUGGCGGUGCAUCUGCUGUGGCACCCCUUAUCGUCAGUGCGCAAGGCAGCACAUGCCAUGGUGGCCCGCUUCCACGCCAUCUCGCCCCUCCUCUCCGACUCUCUCUUGGAUGCUCUCGCCCUCUCCCUGCCGCCUCUGGAGGACAUAGCAGCAGCCGCGGCCAUCAGCACCGGAGACGCCCCUGAGGCAGGAGCGUCUCCCGAGUCAGCUGCAGACCGCCUCCCUCCCCCACAGCUGCUGGGGCAGGCGCUGCUGGUGGUGGCGGGCACAGGGGCCGUGGCGGAGAGGGUGGGCGUGGCGGCACGGGUGAUGCUGCUGGCACACCAUAGGCUCGUUGCUGGGGGGCGGAAGAGAGAUGUGGUGUGGCAGGAGCUUAUAAGGGCAUGGCAGCGUCGGGCAUAUGAGGUGUCUGCCACCCUGGCCGCGGAGCCUGUUGUUGUGGCUAAGAUUUUGACUGGACCAGCGGGGCUCGCAUCCAGCCGUCCAGCUCAGUCAGAUGCUGCCAUCUCAGCCAUCCAAUCUGCUAUGCGCCUCAUUCCCUUUGAGUUUUUCCAGCCUCUAGUCACGGAGUUGGAAGCGGUGGGGCAGCGCAAGGAGCACGAUGCUCUCACGGAGUCGGAGAUUAAGAUAUUCAAUACGCCUGAGGGCAUGCUCUCAGCAGAGGACGGAGUGUACGUGGCGGCAGUGGUGAGGGAUAAGAACGUGAGGCAGUCCAGGGGCAAGCUGAAGCUCUAUGGGGCUGAUCUGGACGAUGAUGACGAGGAGGAGGAGCCUAGCAAACCCGCCCCUGCUGCUGCCACUGCGAAGAAAAGCGCUACUGCCACGCCAGCAGCACGGGGAGGAGCUGGGCCUGGUGGAGCCAAGGGGGCUGCUGGGAGAGGAGCAGGCAAGAAGGACACGGGGAAGCCCGGGGCAAAGAAAGCAGCAGCAGGCGAGGGGGAGAAGGGGAAGACUGCCAAGGAGGAGGCGAGGGAGGCUCUGCUGCUGGAGGAGGAGAGAGUGAGGGAGAGAGUGAGGGGGAUUCAGAGGCACACGGGGGUGCUGGUGCGGGCGCUGGGUGCUGCUGCUGCUGCCAACCCGGCCUUCUCACACGACCAGUUGCCUCAGCUUGUAGCGUCCAUUCUGCCGCUGCUGCGCUCGCCACUCAUCCCCUCGCAGGCCUUUGACGCGCUGGCGCUGGUGAUGCGCUGCCUCUCCCUCGUGCUGCGGCCCUCUUGCCCAAACCUUGCGCCACCCCGCUCCCCUCUCUCCCUUCCCCCCCCAAUCCCCCAGGUGGCGGCCAUCCUGCCGCUGCUGCGCUCGCCGCUCAUCCCCUCACAGGCCUUUGACGCGCUGGCGCUGGUGAUGCGCUGCCUCUCCCCUGCGCUGCAGCCCUUCUCCUGGGACGUCGCCUCCGCCCUCUGCUCCGUCUCCCUCGCAGGGGACAGCCUUGCGGAGCAGCUUAAGGAGGAGAGCGCGGAGGAGGGCGAGGAGGAGGAAAGGGAGGGAAAGAGGCGGAGGAAGAAGGAGGAGAGUGUGGUGGACAGGGUGGUGAGGGCUGUGUGGGCGGCGUGCAAGGAGGGAGGGUCGCUGCCUGCUGCCACGUUUGGUGCUGUGUUCCCGAUCUUCGAGCGAGUGCUUCGGGCGAACAAGAAGACCCGCCUGCACGACUCCAUCAUCUCGAUCCUGCAGCUGCACACCUCGCCCUUCAUCGCUCUGCCGCGCCUCGCCAUGAUCUCGGUGCUCUACCACGUGUUGGGCUGCGUGCGCAUCUACCACUCACGCGUGCAGCCAAUUCUGCGGGAGUUGUGCAGGGGGCUGAAGUCUGACGAGAUCGGAGGGGUGAGUUGCGGUCGCGUGCGCAUCUACCACUCACGCGUGCAGCCGAUUCUGAGGGAGCUCUGCAGGGGCCUGAAGUCCGACGAGAUUGGAGGGGUGAGUUGUGGUUCAGGCACUGGAAGGUCUGUUUGCAGAGCAGGCACAUGUGAGGGAGGCAUGUUCGGAGGCAGUCAAGUUCAUCCUACUCCGCCCCUGAAUGAGAAUCUGCUCUUGCUUGCACUCCCGCCGCUUCCCCCUCUGCCCCCCUCCCCUCCCUCCUUCAGGCACUGGAAGGCACUAGAAGGUCUGUUUGCAGAGCAGGCACAUGUGAGGGAGGCGUGUCUGGAAGCAGUCAAGUACAUUCCAACCCUAGCAGCAGGCAAGGCCCCCCAAGACCCAUACGCACUAGAGGGGCUGUUUGCAGAGCAGGCACAUGUGAGGGAGGCGUGUCUGGAAGCAGUCAAGUACAUUCCAACCCUAGCAGCAGGCAAGGCCCCCCAAGACCCAUAUGUGGCCUGUGCCAUCUGGAUGGCCCAAUACGACCCCGAACCUGAAAACGCCGAGGCUGCCGAGAUGGUCUGGGACAUGUACGGGCACCAUCUAGGCCCGGAGUAUGCGCCGAACCUGAUUGUCAGCCUCGGGAACCCGAGCCAGGAGGUUCGGCUGGCGGCUGCCGAGGCUAUGGCGGCAGCUAUGGAUGAAUACCGAGGCACGAUCCAGGCCAGUUUGACGAGCCUGUUCUCGCUGUAUGUGCGGGAUGCGCCACCUCAGACUGCCAUGUGGCGGCCUCAGGAUGAUGCCACGUGGCACAGCAGGGAGGGCAUGGCUCUGGCGAUGCGAGCUGCUGCUGAUGUGCUGACCACUAAGGAGCUGCCACUUGUCGCCACGUUCCUCAUCUCCAAGGCUCUGCAUGGUGACAAGAAGGUGCAGUUUGAGGGGAUUGUAGCAGCUGGGGGUUGUGAUAGCAGAGCAUCGAGCAUGAAAGGCAAGGAGAACGUGGGGCUGCUGCUGCCCAUCUUUGAAAACUACCUCGACAGGAAGGCGGACAACGAGCACAGCUAUGAUCUCGUGCGAGAGGGCGUGGUGGUCUUCCUCGGUGCUCUCGCCAAGCAUCUUGCCCCGCACAACCACCAGUGUCACAUUCAGCUUAACUCACCCUCGGCUGAAACUGAUAUCUAUGAUCUCCCCACUUUGCAGGAGGACCCCAAGGUGGCGCUCAUCCUCGCCCGGCUGUUGGAGGAGGACCCCAAGGUGGCGCUCAUUCUCGCCCGGCUUCUGGAGGUGCUGAACACGCCCUCAGAGGCUGUGCAGAGAGCCGUGUCAGACUGCCUGCCGCCACUCAUGCCCGCCAUCUCCCUCAAGCUCGAUGAUUCUUUCCUACCCCGUCCGUCACCUCUCGCCUAUCUUUUCACUCUUCACCCCUUCUCCCUUCAGGAGGGCGGGAGCCCAGGCGCUCAUAGCCCAGCACCUGAAGGUGCUGCGAGCGACCGCUUUGCCGAGAGGAAAGGCGCUCGGGCUGAAGGUAGCUCAAUCUUCUCUCCCUUUCCUCACUUUCUCCUCCCAUCUUCUCUUUGCAUACAGGAGGGCGGCGCCCAGGCGCUCAUAGCCCAGCAGCUCAAGGUGCUGCUGACGAGCGACCGCUUUGCCGAGAGGAGAGGCGCGGCGUUUGGGCUUGCCGGAGUGGUGAAGGGGCUUGGGCUGAGGAGCAUUCGGGAUUAUGGUGUGCUGCAGGCGCUGAUCAAGGGCGUGGAGGACAAGGGGGAGAUGAAGGAAGGUAAGGUGAAGGGGCUGGGGCUGAGGGGCAUUCGGGAUUAUGGCGUGCUGCAGGCACUGAUCAAGGGCGUGGAGGACAAGAUGGAAGGUGAGGUGAAGGGGCUGGGGCUGAGGAGCAUCAGAGAUUAUGGGGUGCUGCAGGCGCUGAUCAAGGGCGUGGAGGACAAGUCAUCCCCGAAGGCAAGAGAAGGAGCACUCUUUGGCUUCGAAUGCCUUUCCGAGAAGCUUGGACGCCUUUUUGAACCCUACGUGAUCCACAUCCUGCCCUACGUGAUUCACAUCCUGCCGUACCUCCUGGUGUGCUACUCUGACACAGCCACACCAGUGCGGGAGGCCACGGUGCAUGCGUCUCGCUGCAUCAUGGGCCAGCUCAGCGCCCCUGGGGUGAAGCUCAUCCUGCCCGCGCUGCUCAAGGGCUUGGAGGAGAAGGCGUGGCGCAGCAAGCAGGGCAGCGUGCAGCUGCUGGGAGCCAUGGCCUUCUGUGCGCCCCGCCAGCUGUCGCACUGCCUUCCGCUUGUGGUGCCCAAACUAAGUGAGGUACUCACCGACACGCACCCCAAGGUGCAGGCAGCAGCGCACACGUCGCUGCAGCAAGUGGGGAGUGUGAUCCGCAACCCUGAGAUUGCCGCCCUCGUGCCGUCGCUGCUGGAUGGCAUCGCCAACCCCAACAAGCACACCCGCGCCUGCCUCGACCUUCUGCUGCAGGUACUCCCCGCUCCCCUUGCUGCUACAGGUACCGCGGCAGUUGCAGUGCAGGAGGAGGCACCGCUGCUGGUCGCCCUCGUGCCGUCGCUGCUGGACGGCAUCGCCAACCCCAACACGCACACCCGCGCCUGCCUCGACCUCCUGCUCCAGACCACCUUUGUGAACUCAAUUGACGCGGCCUUCCCGGCGCUCGUGAUCCCCAUCGUGCACCGCGCCCUCCGCGAGCACUCCUCCGACAUCAAGAAGCGCGCCGCUCAGAUCGUGGGCAACACGGUCUCCCUCGUCACGGACCACUCCUCGCUGCUGCCCUACCUCAACCUGCUGCUGCCGGGGCUCAACCUGUUGAUUCCUCCCUUCUACCCCUCCCCUCAUCCCCCCUUCAUCGGCCACUCCUCGCUGCUGCCCUACCUCAACCUGCUGCUGCCGGGGCUCAACCUGUUGAUUCCUCCCUUCUACCCCUCCCCUCAUCCCCCCUUCAUCGGCCACUCCUCGCUGCUGCCCUACCUCAACCUGCUGCUGCCGGGGCUCAACCUGUUGAUUCCUCCCUUCUACCCCUCCCCUCAUCCCCCCUUCAUCGGCCACUCCUCGCUGCUGCCCUACCUCAACCUGCUGCUGCCGGGGCUCAACCUGUUGAUUCCUCCCUUCUACCCCUCCCCUCAUCCCCCCUUCAUCGGCCACUCCUCGCUGCUGCCCUACCUCAACCUGCUGCUGCCCUUGAGCCGUCUCAAACCCCGUGCACGCUGUUUCUUUCCUCCCUUCUCCCCCACUUUUCUCCUCCCAACCUCUCCCCCAAACCAGACGACGUUUGUGAACUCCAUCGAUGCCGCCUCCCUGGCCCUCAUCAUCCCCAUCGUGCACCGCGCCCUCCGCGAGCGCUCCUCCGACAUCAAGAAGCGCGCGGCACAGAUCGUGGGCAACACCAUGUCCCUCCUCGCUGCUGCCCUACCUCAACGUGCUGCUGUCCUUGCGCCGUCUCAAACACCAUGCACACUCUUUCUUUCGUCCCUUCUCCUCCCAACCUCUCCCCCAAACCAGACGACGUUUGUGAACUCCAUCGAUGCAGCCUCCCUGGCGCUCGUGAUCCCCAUCGUGCAUCGCGCGCUGAGAGAGCGCUCCUCCGACAUCAAGAAGCGGGCGGCACAGAUCGUGGGCAACACGGUCUCCCUCGUCACCGACCACUCCUCGCUGCUGCCAUACCUCAACCUGCUGCUCCCCGGGCUCAAGAAAGUGUUGCUAGACCCGCACCCAGACGUGCGCACCGUGGCGGCCAAGGCGUUUGGGUCGCUCGUGCGCGGCGUGGGAGAGCACGAAUUCCCCGACCUUGUGCCCUGGAUGCUCGAAACGAUCGGGUCCGACGCAUCGAGUGUGGAGAGGUCGGGGGCGGCUCAGGGGUUGAGCGAGGUGCUAGGGGCGCAGGGCCGGCACCGGUUCGAGGUGCUCCUGCCAGACCUGCUGGCGGGGUGCUCGCACAAGGUGUCGACCGUCAGAGACGGCCACCUGACGCUGUUCAAGUACCUACCGCUGUCCUUCGGGGCGCCCUUCCAGAACUACCUCCCCCAAGUGCUGCCUGCCAUUCUCGACGGGCUGGCGGGGCUGGCGGAUGAGAGUGAGAGUGUGCGCGAUGCAGCACUGGCAGCCGGGCAUGUCUUGGUUCAGGAGUACGCCAUCAGCUCGCUGCCGCUGCUGCUACCGGCUGUGGAGGAGGGGCUGUUCAACGACAACCUUUACGUUGCCUCCACCUUACUCUCUUUCCCUCCAAAACUCUCUCCCUUUCCCAUCUCCCCUUUCCCCCCAACCAGCUCGCUGCCUUUGCUGCUGCCAGCAGUGGAGGAGGGGCUCUCGCUGCCGCUGCUGCUGCCAGCGGUGGAGGAGGGACUCUUCAGCGACAGCUGGCGGAUCAGGCAGAGCUCCAUGGAGCUGCUGGGCGACCUGCUCUUCAAGGUCGCAGGCACAUCAGGCAAGGUCGUUUUGGAGGGAGGCAGCGACGACGAGGGCGCCAGCACGGAGGCGCAGGGACGGGCGAUUCUGGACGUGCUGGGGCUGGAUAGGCGCAACGAGGUGCUGGCUGCCGUGUACAUCGUGCGAUCCGACGUGUCUCUGUCCGUGCGACAGGGCCGGGCGAUUCUGGACGUGCUGGGGCUGGAUAGGCGCAACGAGGUGCUGGCUGCCGUGUACAUCGUUCGGUCGGAUGUGUCGCUGUCCGUGCGACAGGCGCAACAAGGGCGUCUCAAAAAGGGACGGGCGAUUCUGGACGUGCUGGGGCUGGAUAGACGCAACGAGGUGCUGGCUGCCGUGUACAUCGUUCGAUCAGACGUGUCGCUGUCCGUGCGCCAGUCCGCGGUGCACGUGUGGAAGACCAUUGUGGCCAACACCCCUCGCACGCUCAAGGAGAUCAUGCCCACGCUCAUGCGCCUCCUCAUCGACUCCCUCGGCUCGCCCUCCUUCGAACGCCGUCAGAUGGCGAGUCGGGCCAUAGGCGAGUUGGUGCGCAAGCUGGGAGAGCGAGUGCUGCCCUCGGUGGUGCCCAUCCUCUCUGCUGGGCUGAAGGACCCCAACCCCGCCACCAGACAGGGCGUGUGCUGCGGGCUGGGCGAGGUGAUGAACGCAGCAGGGCGGCAGAACCUCACAUCCCACCUGGACGACCUUAUCGGCACCAUCCGCACCGCGCUCUGUGACGAGGAUGCUGAAGUGCGGGAGGCAGCAGCACAAGCCUUCAGCACGCUCUACAAGGGCAUGCAAGUCAUUGAUGAGAUCGUGCCCGCCCUGCUGCACUGCACUCACUCCGUGGAGCUGACUAAAGGGACCUCCACCAUCCGUUCCCCUCCACUUCCCCCCGCUUCCCUCUCCCAACCCUUUGACUCCCCACUCACCAGAAGUGCAGGCAUGCAAGCUAUCGAUGAGAUCGUGCCGGCCCUGCUGCACUCCCUGGAGGAUCCCCACACGUCCGCUACGGCGCUUGACGGGCUCAAACAGAUCCUCAGUGUGCGCACCACAGUGGUUCUGCCUCACAUCCUGCCCAAGCUCGUCAAACCGCCUCUCACGUACGUACACUCUUUUGAGUCGACUCAAAAGUCAGCUCUGGAGUUCAAGGCGCAUGCACUGGGGGCGCUGGCAGAGGUGGCGGGGGCGGGCAUGUGUGUGCAUCUGGCCACGGUGCUGCCGCCGCUGCUCAACGAGAUGGGGCAGAUGGAGGAGUCUGCCCUGCGCUCCAUGGCGGUGGCGUCAGCAGAGGCUGUGGUGAAGGGAGUGGACGAGGAGGGGCUGGACUCUCUUAUAGGCGAGCUCACCCACGCACUCUCUGAUAACUCGGCUGUCAUGAGGCGUGGAGCGGCGAAGCUUCUGGGAACGUUCUGCAAGAUCACGCGUGUGGACCUAGAGGAGGAGUUGCCAUCGCUGAUGACCAUCCUCAUCGUCAUGCUCGCAGACCCAGACGAGGCUUGUGUGAAGGAGGAGCUGCCGUCGCUGAUGACCAUCCUCAUCGUCAUGCUGGCAGACCCCGAUGAAGCCUGUGUGAAGGAGGUGGAGGAGGAGCUGCAGUCGCUGAUGACCAUCCUCAUCGUCAUGCUCGCAGACCCGGAUGAAGCAUGUGUGAAGGUAUGCUGGGAUGAGGAGUGCGUGGUGUAUUCACUUUGGUGGCAUGGGAGGCGCUGGGUGUCACGAGCACCAUUUCCAAGGAGUCGCUGCCAGUGCACCCUUACCAUCCAUCUCCCAUCCUCCUGUCCCCCCGAUCCCCUCUCACAGGUGGCAUGGGAGGCGCUGGGCAGUGUCACGAGCACCAUUCUCAAGGAGUCGCUGCCAGUGGCAUGGGAGGCACUGGGCAGCGUCACGAGCACCAUUCCCAAGGAGUCGCUGCCAGCCAGUGCACCCCCUAGAAUCCCCCAUCCCCUAAUCCUCCUCUCCCCCACUUCCUGUUCUCCCGUUCCCCCCAUCCCCUCACCCACACAGGUGGCAUGGGAGGCGCUGGGCAGCGUCACAAGCACCAUUCCCAAGGAGUCGCUGCCAGCCAGUGCACCCCCUAGAAUCCCCCAUCCCCUAAUCCUCCUCUCCCCCACUUCCUGUUCUCCCGUUCCCCCCAUCCCCUCACCCACACAGGUGGCAUGGGAGGCGCUGGGCAGCGUCACAAGCACCAUUCCCAAGGAGUCGCUGCCAGUGCACCUCAAAGUGGCUCGAGACGCCGUUGCCACAGCCAGGGACAGGGAGAGGAGGAAGAGGAAGGGCCUUCCCAUGCUUGUUGCUGGUUUCUGCCUGCCCAAGGGCUUGCAGCCAGUGCUUCAGAUAUACCUGCAGGUGAGCGUGUUGGUCUUUGGUCCUGGAUCGCUAAUGCUGGGAUCAGCGGAAAUGCGUGAGGCAGCAGCAGAUGGGCUUGCGGAAUUGAUAGACGUGGCAAGCGAGGCAGCUCUGCGGCCCUUCGUGGUGCCCAUCACCGGCUGGGUGAGUGACAGUGGCUGCAGGCACGGAGCUGAUAGACGUGGCGAGGCGAGUGAGGCGGUGCUGCAACCGUUUGCGGUGCCCAUCACUUGCCCUUCCUGCCCUUGCAUCUCAUCCCCUCUCAUCCCCCCUCAUCUCUCCCUCGCUUCCUCCUUCUCCCCUUCCCUUGCACCCUACCCUUUCGCUGUCUGCUUGUUGCCCCCCUCCCACAGCCCCCUCAUCCGCAUAGUGGGGGAUCGCUUCCCCUGGCAGGUCAAGGCGGCCAUUCUCUCUACUCUCGCCAUCCUCAUCACCAAGGGCGGCAUCGCCCUCAAGCCCUUCCUGCCGCAGCUGCAGACCACCUUCAUCCGCUGCCUUCAGGACUCCAACCGCACGGUGCGCUCGCGAGCAGCCAAGGCGUUGGGGCGGCUGACAGCGCUGAACCCGCGAGUGGAUGCCCUCAUCUCCGACCUCCUCAACUCCAUCCAGAGUGCAGACGGUGCAGUGAAGGAGUCGACGCUCAUGGCCAUCCGAGGGGUGGUGAGGCACAGAGGCAAGGGCAGGUGGCCAAGGCAAGGGCAGGUGGCCAGUGAGCCACCCCAACACACGCACAUUACAAACUCCCCCGUUGUCCACGCCUCCUCCCAUCCUAUACAGAGUGCGGACGGUGCAGUGAAGGAGUCGAUGCUCAUGGCCAUCCGAGGGAUGAGCGCAGACGGUGCAGUGAAGGAGUCAAUGCUGAUGGCCAUCCGCGGAGUGGUGAGGCACGGAGGCAAGGCGGCCUCUCCCGCGUCGCUGGAGCGCCUGUCCUCGUCGCUGCAGGGUGUGCUGUUCGCCUCUGACAGCGAUGACGACUCUGUUGUUCGCUCCGUUGCUGCUAGAGCCCUUGGGGGCACUGCGCAGGCUGUGCUGUUCGCCUCUGACGGCGACCACGACUCUGUUGUUCGCUCCGUUGCUGCCAGGGCUCUUGGGGGCACUGCACAGGUGAGAGAGAGUGUGUGUGGGGGGCUCUCCUGUCUCUCCUCGUCGCUGCUCGCCCUGCUGUUCGCCUCUGACAGCGACGUCGACUCCGUUGUUCGCUCCGUUGCUGCUAGAGCCCUGGGUGGCACUGCACAGGGGCCAAGGCACCUGGAGAGCUCCGCCCUCGCCCUCUCCUCCCUUCUCCGGCACACCACUGUGAAAAGAAGCCCCUUGCAUGUAAUUGAUCCCUUCCCUGUCUCUACUUUUCUUAACCCCAAAUCCCACCCCCCUCCCCUUCCCCCCUUCUCCCAACAGUACCUAUCGGAGCCAGACUACCUCUCUCUCCUCGCCGCCCUCGCCGCCCCUCUCCCCUCCUCCCGGCCCUGGUCGCACCGCCUCGCAGCCGCCCUCGCCCUCUCCUCCCUCCUCCGCCACACCGCCUCUCACCCUCAAGCUCCCAGCUACUGCCACUACCUCUCUCUCCUAGCCGCCCUCGCCGCUCCCCUCCCCUCCUCUCGCCCCUGGUCGCACCGCCUCGCAGCCGCCCUCGCCCUCUCCUCCCUCCUCCGCCACACCGCCUCCCGCCCCGCACCCCUGCCAGCAUCCCAGCUCGCAUCUGUAGCCGAAAAGUCAGCAGCGGCGAUAAGAGCACAUGCAGGGGAUGAUAAGGUGCCGGUGCGGGAGACGGCGGCUAAGGCGGCGGGGAGAUGGCUGAUGCUGUUUGGGAUGGGCGGGGGGAGUGCUGCGGGGGUGGUGGCGGUGCUGGCUUCGCUGCUUGGGGAUGCUGCUAGUGACGUGCGGAGGAGGGCGCUGUCUGCUGUGAAGAUGGUUGCCAAGAAGGUGGGUCAAUGGGCUAGUGACGUGCGGAGGAAGGUGCUGUCUGCUGUCAAGAUGGUUGCUAAGAAGGUGAGUGGGUCACGUGUGGUGGUGGUGCUGGCUUCGCUGCUGGGGGAUGCUGCUAGUGACAUGCGGAGGCGAGCGCUCUCAGCUGUCAAGAUGGUUGCUAAGAAGGAGCCCAUCCCAGCAAAGCUCCUGGCAGCACUGGGCCCGCCCCUCUCUGAGUGUCUCAAGGACACGAGUCAGCCUGUGUGCCCUCCUCAUUCCGCUUUCCCCACACUUCCCCACCCACCCACCUCUGCUGCACCACAGGAGCCCAUCCCAGCAAAGCUCCUGGCAGGACUGGGCCCGCCCCUGUCGGAGUGCUUCAAGGACACGAGAGCCCAUCCCAGCAAAGCUCCUGGCAGCACUGGGCCCGCCCCUGAGCCCAUCCCAGCGAAGCUCCUGGCAGCACUGGGCCCGCCCCUCUCUGAGUGUCUCAAGGAUACGAGUCAGCCUGUGCGGCUGGCUGCAGAGCGAACCAUCCUGCAUGCCUUCCAGCUCAGCAAGGGUCCUGACCAGGUGACAGCAGCACAGAAGUACCUCACAGGGCUCGAGUCUCGCCGCAUUGCAAAGAUGCCCGUUGUCAGCGAUGGUAGUGACGACAGUGAAGAUGACGAUGCUCAGGAUUAUUAA